AUGGGUCCUCUACAGUAUUUAUUUCUCAGUGGACUUCUGUACACCCAAACCGAUGGGUCUCGUCUUCGCCAGGAAGACUCCCCUCCCCGCAUCGUGGAGCACCCCUCUGACCUCAUUGUGUCUAAAGGGGAACCAGCCACUCUCAACUGUAAAGCAGAAGGCCGUCCAACCCCCUCGGUGGAAUGGUACAAAGAUGGGGAGCGCGUGGAGACGGACCGUGACAACCCCCGCUCCCACCGUAUGCUGCUGCCCAGUGGCUCCCUCUUCUUCCUACGCAUCGUCCACGGACGGCGGAGCAAACCGGAUGAUGGCAGCUACGUGUGCGUGGCCCGAAACUAUCUGGGAGAGGCCGUAAGCCGGAACGCAUCUCUAGAAGUAGCAUUGUUACGCGAUGACUUCAGGCAGAACCCACAGGAUGUGGUGGUGGCGGUCGGGGAGACUGCCAGUUUUGAGUGUCAGCCUCCACGUGGGCACCCUGAACCCAACACCUUCUGGAGGAAAGAUAAAACUCGACUUGACCUCAAGGAUGACAGGAUCACGGUUCGUGGGGGGAAGCUGACUAUCUCAAACACCAAGAAGACCGAUGCAGGGAUUUAUGUGUGUGUGGCCGCCAACAUGGUCGGGGAGAGGGAAAGUGAAAAAGCUCAGCUCUCGGUGUUUGAAAGACCCGUGUUUGUGCAGCGGCCUGUGAACCAGGUGGUCUUAGUAGACGAGAGCGUAGAGUUCAGGUGUCAGGUCCACGGUGACCCGCCGCCUACGCUGCGAUGGAAAAAGGAGGACGUGGAUAUUCCCCGCGGCAGGUAUGACAUCAGAUAUGAAAAAGAAGACUUCCUCCUGAGGAUAAAGAAAGCAUCCGUCAGCGAUCAGGGGACGUUCGCCUGCCUGGCGGAGAACCGCGUGGGUAAAGCCGAGGCCUCCGCCUACCUGACCAUCAGAGCUCGUCCCGUUGAGGCACCUCAGUUUGUGGUGCGACCCCGUGACCAGAUUGUGGCUCAAGGACGAACAGCUACCUUUCCCUGUGAGACCAGGGGCAAACCUCAGCCCACUGUCUUCUGGCAACGAGAGGGCAGCCAGGAUCUUCUGUUCCCCAAUCAGCCAACGCAGGGGGACAGCCGUGUGUCUGUGUCUGUGAAUGGAGAGCUGACCAUCUCAUCUGUACAACGCUCAGAUGCCGGGUAUUAUAUCUGCCAAGCCCUCACUGUGGCAGGGAGCAUCAUGGCCAAGGCCCAGCUUGAGGUUGCAGACGCCCUGAAGGACCGCCCACCACCUAUCAUCCGGCAGGGCCCAUCGAACCAAACGCAAGCGCUGGGAGGUGUGUCCCUUCUGAGGUGUUUGGCGUCGGGGGACCCAGAGCCCACGGUCACCUGGCGUAAGAAUGGGGCCAACCUGCUUGGAAAGGACCCACGAUUUUCCCUACUGGAGCAUGGCAGCCUUCAGAUCCAGAAUACCCGGCUGUCUGACUCAGGGUUGUAUACCUGCGUUGCUACCAGCUCCAGCGGAGAAACAUCGUGGAGUGCCUACUUGGAUGUCAGAGACUCCACUGACCUCAUCGACUUCAUGUCUCACAAUGCAACCGCCCUCCCAGGGCCACCCUCCAAACCAGAGGUCACCGAUGUUACCAAGAGCAGUAUCUCGUUGUCAUGGGAACCGGGGCCGGAGGCGGGCUCCCCGGUGUCCUCCUAUGUCAUCGAGGCUUUCGGUCAGUCAGUGAGCAACAGCUGGCAGACAGUGGCAGACCAUGUGAAGGCGGCAGAGUUCACUGUCAAGGACUUGCGACCCAAUACUGUCUACUUGUUCAUCAUCCGGGCAGUCAAUGCUCAAGGGCUCGGGGACCCAAGCCCUAUGUCUGAGCCUGUUCGGACUCAAGACAUUAGUCCCACAGCUCAGGGAGUGGACCACCGCCGUGUGCAGAAGGAGCUGGGGGAUGUGGUGGUCAACAUGCAUAAUCCUGUAGUUCUUAGCUCCACUUCAGUGCAGGUCACAUGGACUGUGGAGAAUCCAUCCCAGUUUAUUCAAGGCUACCGCGUUCUGUACCGGCAAACUUCAGGGCUGCCUUCCCCAGGGCCGUGGCAGAUACAGGACUUGAAGGUUGCCUCGGAGAGAGACAUAACUCUCUCCGGUCUGAAGAAGGGCAUCGUCUAUGAGAUUAAAGUGCGGCCAUACUUCAAUGAGUUCCAGGGUGCAGACAGCGAAUCCAUGACCGCCCGCACCAUGGAGGAAGCACCCAGCGCGCCUCCAGAGCAAGUGACAGUGUUGACAGUGGGAAGCCAUAACAGCACAUCCAUCAGCGUGUCGUGGGACCCUCCUCCCUCCGACCAGCAGAAUGGCAUCAUCCAGGAGUACAAGAUUUGGUGUUUGGCCAACGAAACCCGCUUUCAUGUCAAUAAGUCUGUAGACGCGACCAUCCGUUCAGUGGUGGUCGGGGGUCUGCAGACCGGAGUGCAGUACCGUGUGGAGGUGGCGGCAGGCACCAGCGCAGGGGUGGGGGUCAAGAGCAAACCCCAGCUCAUCAUCCUGGGUGCAGAACUGAGGGACGUGAUGACAGGAUCGGAGGGCAACAAUAGCAUCUCCGACGUGGUGAAGCAGCCGGCCUUCAUCGCUGGCUUGGGAGGGGCCUGCUGGAUCGUCCUCAUGGGCUUCAGCGCCUGGUUGUACUGGAGGAGGAAAAAGAGGAAGGGACUUAGCAACUACGCAGUUCAGUCCUUCACCUUUACUCGAGCAGUUACAUUCCAAAGAGACAGAGGCCUGAUCAGAAAUGGAAGCCGUCCGGGGCUGUUAAAGGCGGGCGAUCCGGGCCUCCCCUGGUUGGCUGACUCCUGGCCUUCCACAAGCCUCCCAGCGAACGGCGGUUUAGGCAGUCCGAAGGGCGGAAGCAACUUUGGCCGAGGAGAUGUUUUACCGUCUGCAGCGGUGGAGAAAACGGGCACCAUGCUGUCUGAUGGUGCCAUCUACAGCAGUAUUGACUUCAUGGGGAAGGCAGGCUACAGCAGCCCAGCGCGAGGCAGUCAGCCCACCCCCUAUGCCACCACUCAGAUACUCCAAUCCAACAGCUUCCACGAGCUGGCUGUGGAUAGGCCAGAUCCCCGCUGGAAGGCUUCUCUCCAAGCCCAGCAGGAAAUAGCAAACCUGGGCUACUCGCUAACUGACAGACGCCCUGGCAGUGGUGCAAAGGUUGGGAAGAAAAAGAAGGUGAAGGGUGGAACAAAAACCUCUAAAUCAAAUGGGACAUGUUGGGCUAACGUGCCCCUGCCUCCACCACCCAUGCACCCUCUCCCUGGUACCGAGGUUGACCUUGACCGCUACCCCCAGGAAAACCACGGAGGAGGAUAUGACAGCAACAGUUGGGCCCCGCCCAUGUCCGUCCAGACCUACCGCCACCAGAAUUUGGACAACGAAGUGGAGGAGGAGAGAGGUCCCACUCCGCCCCUGAGAGGAAGAUCCUCCUCGCCGGCAGCAGCUCCCUUCAGCCAGCCCUCAUCCUCCGCUCUCAGCACUGCCCACCAUGAAGAAAUGCAAUCCAUCUUGCAGGCCCACCUGGAUGAGCUGACCAGAGCGUACCAGUACGAGGUGGCGAAGCAAGCGUGGCAUAUGAAGAGCAGCCCAAAUGUGUCCAACAGCCCGAUGGAAUUCAUGUCCAGCACGCUGGGCUCCGAUCUGGGAGCCACUCUCCUUUCUGAGGAAGACGAGGAGGAGGAGGAUGAAAGAUACGCUGUGGUGUCGAAAAAUUUGUGUGGCUUUGAAUACACCCCUGGUCACAGCGUGGACAACCUUGAGGGCUCAGGUAAAGCCUCCCAGCAGUGUCACUCAGACACCUAUGGCGCAGCAGACCAUGGUGCUCAGGGCUCGCACAGCCUUGGACACAAGAGGGCACCACUCACUGGCCACAAACCUCAGACAGACAAGGUUGGAACUCUUCCCAGACGAAGAGACACCAACGCAGACGCCCACACACCGGCCAUCAAGUCCCUGCAUGGCAUGGGCUCCCACAUGCACAGCUCGUGGGCAGCUGCGGCCUCGGACCCCUCUGAGGAGUGCAUGGUGACCGUGUCGACGCUGGAGCGGCAGCAUAUGGCGUCCUGGAGCGGCACGGCGUCAUCCGGCAGGGCCACCCUGGGCAGGGGUUCCCACAAGAGACCUGGCACAGACCCCUCCCACAACGGGCAUCCUUCCACAAACGGCACAGAGAAACGGGAACACUGUAAGAGCUGUGAGGACGCGUCAGUGUGA